AUGGCUCUCAAGCGCAUUAACAAGGAGCUCAUGGACCUCGGACGAGACCCUCCCUCGUCGUGCAGCGCGGGUCCUACGGGAGACAACAUGUUCAACUGGCAGGCGACGAUCAUGGGCCCGGGAGACUCGCCAUACUCGGGCGGCGUCUUCUUCCUCAACAUCACGUUCCCCACCGACUACCCGUUCAAGCCGCCCAAGGUCUCGUUCACCACCAAGAUCUACCACCCCAACAUCAACAGCAACGGCAGCAUCUGCCUCGACAUCCUCAGGGAUCAGUGGAGCCCGGCGUUGACCAUCUCGAAAGUCCUGCUUUCGAUCUGCUCGAUGCUGACGGACCCGAACCCCGACGACCCGCUGGUCCCCGAGAUCGCCCACCUCUACAAGACGGACAGGCAGCGAUACGAGAGCACGGCCAGGGAGUGGACGAGGAAGUACGCCAUGUAA